CUCUUGUGUCCGAUACGACAUACGUAGUGAAGAUGGCUCUCCACCUUCAAGUAUUGUUUCUUCUUGGGACCGCUUCCCUCCUUCAUGCCGCUUGUCCACUUGUUCCAGUCAGGGCCGAUUUCGACCCUAGUAAGUUUGCAGGGAAAUGGUAUCAAGUGGAGAGGUUGGAAACGGGAUGGGGCUCGACGAUAUACGACCAAACUACACGAUGUUUUGAAAUCAAGUUUACUGAAGUUGGAAACGGGUCUUUCUCAGCUGUCUCAGCUUGGAAAUUUCAGUUAGGACGAUAUUUCCUUCCCACUUCCAUGGACAGCAAUUUUAACCGCAUAAGUACGGAUUUCCCAAACUACUUUCGAACCGGCAUGAUCCCAUGGUUACCUUUGCCGUCGACAACUUUCUACGUGUUAAAGACCGACUACGUUAGAUACGCAAUCGUCUACUCGUGUACUGACUUAGGAAUUGGAUUGUAUCCAGUUGAAAUGUCAUGGAUAAUUCAUCGAAAGAAAGCAGGUUUCACCGUUCGCAGAAGGAAAACCAUUUUGGAAGGUUUACCCGAUAACGGAAUAACGUUCAUUGAUGCAACCAAGUACAAAAGAAUUGACUUCGACAGAUGUAGCGACGACAACGGCCAAUCGGGAAACUUAACCACGAUGGCAACAUAGUUGUUAUGUAUUAAUCGUGAAAUACACGAAAUUGCAAAGUCA